AUGCGGUCCAGGUUUGUCGGCACGGCCUUACUCCCUCUCUGCGCGCGAGUCGCAUCUGCGGCUUUUGGGAUCACGAAUAACGAUGAUUCCUAUGUGGUCGACGCUGGCUCUGCCAAUCCGUUGAAGUUCACAGUGGAUCGUGGGAGCUGCGAUAUCACGUCGAUCAAUUACUACGGUUCCGAGCUUCAGUACUCCGGUAAAGGAUCACACAUUGGGUCUGGUCUUGGGAGUGCGACGGUGUCUGCUACCCAGAGUGGCGAAUAUAUCAAGGUAACUUGUGAGACUGACACAUUGACACAAUACUUUGUGGUUCACAAUGGCGACUCGGUUAUCCAUAUGGCAACUUACAUCACCGAAGAACCCUCAAUUGGAGAACUGCGAUGGAUUGCUCGUCUUGACCCAGACCUCUUGCCCAACGAGGAGCCUUUUGGCGGUGUAUCUACUACCGGCGGUGGAGAAGCCAUUGAAGGCUCGGAUGUGUUCCUGGUGAACGGGGAGACUCGAAGCAAGUUCUACUCCAGCGAGCGCUUCAUCGAUGACCAGAGACACUGCGUCUCCGGUGACGACCGCCGCGUCUGCAUGAUCCUGAACCAGUACGAGAGUUCAUCUGGCGGUCCUUUCCAUCGCGAUAUCAACUCCAACAACGCUGGUGACUCCACCAAUCUCUACUGGUAUAUGAAUUCCGGCCAUGUCACGACCGAGGACUUCCGCGUGGGUCUUCAUGGCCCGUACUCUAUGUACUUCAGCCGUAGCGGAACCCCAAGCACCGACAUUGAUACCUCUUUCUUCGCGGACCUCGAUAUCCAAGGUUAUGUUGCGGAGGGUGACAGAGGGACGGUCACCGGUACUGCGUCUGGGGCUGACUCCAGUGUGGAUUGGGUUGUUCAUUGGUACAACGACGACGCACAAUACUGGACGUACACAUCCUCCGAUGGCAGUUUCACCUCUCCUGCCAUGAAGCCCGGAACCUACACCAUGGUAUACUACCAAGGCGAGUUCAAGGUCACAGAGACCGUAGUGACUGUCAGCGCUGGUUCGAGCACAUCGAAGGACAUUUCUGGAUCCGUCGAGACCGGAACCACCAUUUUUAAGAUCGGUGAAUGGGAUGGCCAACCUACCGGCUUCCGCAACGCAGACAACCAACUCCGCAUGCACCCCUCCGACUCGAGAAUGUCCGACUGGAGCGCCGGCACCUACAUCGUUGACAGCUCCGAACUAACUGACUUCCCUAUGGCUAUUUUCGACGCGGUAAACUCCCCCGUGUCGAUUGAGUUUACGGCUACAUCGUCGCAGACCGGCGCCGCGACUCUGCGCAUUGGAACGACGCUUUCAUUUGCGGGCGGCCGUCCUCAAGCUACGAUCAACGAUUACACCGGAGACGCUCCCUCUGCUCCGACGAACCUCAACUCCCGGGGAGUUACCCGCGGCGCGUAUCGCGGCUACGGGGAGGUGUAUGAUGUUUCGAUCCCUGAGGGGACGAUUGUUGAGGGUAGCAAUACGAUCAACAUCAGUGUUAUCUCCGGAAGUUCCGGGGACGAGUUCCUCAGUCCUAACUUUAUCUUCGACUGCGUUGAGCUCUUCCAGUGA